GUGUUUGUACAGGGACUAUAAGAGGGCGGUCACAAUGCAGGGCAGGGACACAUCGUGUUUUGCUGCAGGAGGUAAUAGAGGAAAUCUGGAUUUACUUGAAGGUGUAUUUCUCUAAACCCUUCUUCACCAUGAAGACAUUUUGCUUCAAUUGUGUGUGCAGUGAAAUGCUGCUCAGAAGCAGGCAAACUGAAAAGAAUUAGCUUCAGCAUUUUUGCUCUUUUGGUUAUCUGGGUGGAAGAAACAAUCAGGAUGGCUUUGAGAAUUCAAAAUACGUUUUGCCCUCAAGGUGGAGUCUGCAAGCACGGAUUCCUCAUCAAAUCACCACCUCUUCAACUUUUCAGCUCGCAGAAUUCCUGGAAAAGGCGUCUUUUCGUCCUGUCCAAAUCCAGCACAGGGAAUUACAUCCUGAAGUAUCUAAAAGGACAACACGUGAAAGGCUCCAUAGCUGUCGAUCAAAUGAUAAGUAUUGAAGUUGGCAUACGUAAUGCUGAAAUUAUGGAAACGGUGAGGAAGAUGUUUAAAUGCCUUCCCGAGCAGGUGAUGUCCAUCAGCACUGGAAACAGACCUUACUACCUCAUUGGAGACAGCAGGCAGGAAAUAGAGGACUGGGUCACUCUGAUAUCUUCACUCUGCAGGGAGGACAAAAGAAGUGGAUGCUGCCCUCAGAACCAAGAUCUUCCAAAUCCAGAAGUCAGAAACCGGCCCUCCUCUUUGCCACUGUCCUUGAAUUCUGUAGAUAUAACCAGCUUUCCAGAGAGGCAAAGCUACCAGGAGGAGGAUGGCUCCUCAGAAGACAGGAACAGGCCUCAUUCAGAUCCUGGCCCCCAUCAGGCUCAGUGUGACUCACCAAGAGGAGUUUUUCCAAGCCUGCAGGAUAACAUUCUGGGAAGAAGUGAGGAAGAUCUGCUGUUGUCAGAUCCAGAGGAAAACACCAAAAAGGACGAAGAAGAUUAUUACCAAACUCCCAGCAAUGUUUUGGCACAGUGCACUACUGAAGUUUCAAAGCCUGACCCUACAGCUGAGUCUGAUGUCCCUGUGCAAGAGAUGCCAGUGCAGAACAACUCAGUAAAGGAGAACAUUUACAUGUCAAUGAAAUCACUUAAGCUGCUGGAUGAGAGAUGCCAGCUCACGUGCAGACAUGAUGGACUCCCAUGUCCUCCCAAAUGCCAGAACAACAGUGCAUGUCCAAGAGACUUGGAAGCAGACAAAGACACAAAAUUCCCAGAAAGCAGCACCAGCCUGCAGCCAACCCUCCAGAGAAGGAAAAACUCAUUACCCCUCUCAGUGGUUCACUUGUCUAUACUGCUCAGUCAAGUUACAGAUGAGAUGCAGCUGCAGAAAUUGGAUAUUUUCGUACCCCUGGCUGAUAUUAACAGUUACCUAAAACUUACUGAAGCAGCAGGACGAAUAUGUGUUUCACAGUGGAAUGGUCCUUGCAGACUGGGGUGCUUGUUUAACCACGGGGACCAUGUGGUGGCUGUGAAUGAUCUGCAGCCCCAGGGUGUGGAGGAGGCUUACUUCUUCAUCAGCAGGUCCACGAGAAAGGAGGUGAAACUUACUGUAUGUAGGAUUCCACAUUCAGACAUCUUCCAUGCUAAAGGUUGCUCAUGUUCCUGAAAAAAAAGACCUCAAUGAUUCAACCAAAUAUCCUGCAUUCUUCCAUCAUUUUUUCAAACAUUUCCUGGAAAUGGCCACAAGACAUUGAUCUUCGAGACAAAUACCUUGUGUUUCCAGUCAUGGAUGAACGAAGGAGGUGAGAACUUGAAAUCAAAAUAAUUUCAUCAAAAAGAAACCCAAAGCCAUGAAGCAAUUUCCUAGAACUUCAUAGAGAAACAUUUCUCAAGAGAGUUGAGUUAGUGAAGAAGAUCCCCCAUGGUGGUGGGAGAAGAGCUACCUCCAUGGAACCUGCAUGCUGCACCUCUCAGCCAUGGAAGAAUGUUACUUUUGGACAAAACCAGGACUUGGUUAGACAUAGCAUGUACAGAAUAAUUCCAGAACAUUUUAGAGAACUGGGGGAUUACUUCUGUACUUCAGUAAACAGUUACAGAUAUGUUACUCCAUAAUAGAUCAUUAUGUCAGUUUGCACAAUGCUAAAUGCAGAUAAUUAAUGUCACACAUUGGCUGAUUCAUAACACUUACAGAGAUACAAUAUGGAAAUGACAUUGGUACAGUAAAUUCUGGUAGGAUGUGUGAAGUUGUCCACCCACAUAUAAUAAAUAAACGUGUUAACAUUUUACAAACA